AUGGAAUCGGUGAGGGAAUGGCUUUUGAACAAAUGUAAAAUAAAUGCCUUGGUCAACCAGGACCAGGCAACAACUGGUAACGGAAAUGACUACAAUAAACAGCUUUGUGGGGCAUUGACGCCAAAAACGAUCCCUGAAUUUGUUAUUCCGAAGUCUGGUGAUUCUUCCCGGAGGCAAAGUUCGGAAUUAGAAUCUAUUGAGGAAGAUGUUCCUUUCCGAGGAUUUUCCCCAAGAAAUAGCAUUGCUUCUUCCGGUAAGACAAGUCCAGUGCAUUCUCCGAUGGGGUCGAGUACAUGCCUUGAUGUGCCUAAACAUCCAAUUUCUCGAUCGGUUCCUGUUUCUCCUAAACAUGAGGUGAGGAAUAUUGUUUGUCAGGGAAGCACUCAUUCCCUUGCUUAUAGCGACAAUGGCGACGACUUUACAAACUCUGACCCCCUUUCAUUUGCCGCUAUGUCGCUUUCCCACUUCCGCACGAAAACUCCAGCAUUUGGGUUCACGACGCUCACUCAAUGUCCUCACACACGGCGGAAGGAGUCACUUUUUCACGCCGGAAGUGAUUCUCUUAUCCCAUACAAACGGACAAAUUCGUUCGAAGGCCUGCGCGUGCGUUACGACAAAGAUUGGCCACCUACGUAUCAUCUAUCCGAUUCCAAUGGAUUGUCGUAUGACCAAACUCAGAUGCCAGCUGUAAUCGUCACACCCUCUGCUCAAACAGAUGUGGACGAGACGUCCGAGAAACAACGAUCUUUUUCAGCAAUGCACCUGUCAAAUUCGCUUGAUGUUAACUAUAGUUUGCCGUACUUCAAAUCAAAGCUUAAAUACUAUCGCCGUCGGUCAUCCUUACUUGGGCUUGACGAUGAAGUAGAUGAGUAUUCAGAUUCGAGCAGUACUGAUAUUAAGCGCCGAUCAAUGUCAGCCCUUUACCCUUCUUCAAAAGACCCACCUGCACAAAAACGACAUUCCUCUCCACAACUUCGCACUUUGAACGAAUCUUUUGAACAAUCAUCUCUACCGAAACCUCGCAUUGCAUUCGGUGAUACCCAGUGCCAGUUUCUUGUGCAGUACGGAGAGUUGAAAUUUGCCUUCCAGUAUCUUGCGAAAUCGAAACAGUUGAAGGUUACUAUAUUGAGGGCGGAGAACUUAGGUGGGCACGGAAAAACAGAUCAAAACAUGAAUGCUUAUGUCAAGGUGUACUUGUUGCCAGGAAAACUUCAGAAACAAUCCUCAGAUAUAAUCAAACACACACGGUGCCCAGUCUUUGAGCAGGAGUUCUACUUCACUGGAUUAACGCUUGAGCAGUUGCAUGCGAUGACACUGCGUAUAAAGUUGUUUCACAAGGGACACAACCUCCGACUUCCGGAAUUCAUCGGCAAGGUUGAUGUUAACCUAGAUAGCUACGACCUUCUAACAGAGAACCGGAUGUGGAAGGACUUGGACAUAAAACGAGACAAAGAGGACUUGGGCAGCAUCGAAAUUUGUCUAAAGUUUCAAUCCAGCGAGGGUUCAAUCCUAGUGACGGUUGUACAGGCGAAGGGGCUUCCCCAUCACCCGAUCACAGGUCACCCGGACCCUUAUAUACGCGUGGAACUCGUGCAGCCAGGCCGUUCAGUAUCCCGAAAGACAACAAAAACAAAGAAAAGUACUCCAGAUCCAGUGUUCAACGAAAGUUUUGUGUUCAAUAUGUCAUUCAAAAGAGAUGAUUUGGCAGGGACCAAACUUACAUUCUCUGUUUACGACCAUGACCGUAUUAGGAGUGAUUACGUCAUAGGACAGGUGAAAUUUUCCGCCGAUGCUCUUCAGACUUCUGCCAUGGAACAUUGGAUCGAUAUGUUCAGUCAGCCAGAGGUGGCAAUACAACGUUGUCAUGAACUGUUAGAUCACGAUGAUGAUUUUAAAUGA